GGCAAGUCAGACAAGUUCAAGUAAAGGAGUGGGGUAGCGAAGCGAAGUGACAAAAUUGGUUUGAGAGAAAAAUGCGUGGUUUGUGAUGAGCUGAGCCAAAAUCAUUUAAUGCAAGCGUUAUCAUAAUAACUAUCACAGUAUUUAUUCAUUUGACUACCGGUAGCAGUGUAUGCAUCUCGGUUUAAUCCAUCUAGCUAACUAAAGGAGGCGUGAAUAUCACAGAUCAUGAAGAAGAUAACCCUUCUAUUGAUUGUGCUGCUUGGAGUGACACACUUCAUAUUGCCAAGCCGAUGCGAAGAAGAUGCCAAAGAUGAUUCAGCUGAAGAUCUAGGAGAGGAAGAUGAUGAUGAUGAUGAUGAUUGAGAUGAUGAUGAUGGAGAUGACACUGAAGUAAAGGAGGAGAAUGGGGUGCUGGUGCUGACAGAUGGAAACUUUGACACCUUCAUAGAAGGCAAAGACACAGUAUUGGUGGAGUUCUAUGCACCAUGGUGUGGCCACUGCAAACAGUUCGCUCCUGAGUAUGAGAAGAUCGCUCAGACGCUAAAGGAGAACGACCCACCUAUUCCUGUGGCAAAGGUUGAUGCCACUAAGGCCAGUGCUCUGGGCAGUAGAUUUGAAGUGUCUGGAUAUCCCACCAUCAAAAUACUCAAAAAAGGGGAGCCGGUGGACUAUGAUGGGGACAGAAGUGAGCGUGCCAUUGUGGAACGGGUUAAAGAAGUUGCUCAACCAGACUGGAAACCUCCUCCAGAGGCCACCCUAGUCUUGACUAAGGAUAAUUUUGAUGACGUGGUGAACAAUGCAGACAUCAUUCUGGUGGAGUUCUAUGCACCUUGGUGUGGCCACUGCAAGAGACUCGCUCCUGAGUAUGAAAAGGCUGCUAAAGAGCUCAGCAGUCGCACUCCUCCUAUUCCACUGGCUAAAGUAGAUGCCACUGCAGAGGGUGAUUUAGCGACGCGGUUUGGUGUUUCUGGCUACCCAACUCUUAAAAUCUUCAGAAAGGGCAAAGCUUUCGAUUACAACGGACCACGGGAGAAGUUCGGUAUUGUUGAUUACAUGUCAGACCAGGCGGGUCCUCCAUCAAAGCAGGUGCAGACCCUGAAACAGGUUCAGGAGAUCCUCAGAGAUGGAGAUGAUGCAGUUAUUGUAGGCGUUUUCUCAAGUGAAGAAGAUGCAGCAUAUGAGAUCUAUCAAGAAGCAUGUAAUUCUCUGCGAGAUGACUACAAAUUUAUGCAUACAUUCAAUAAUGAAGUCGCACAAUUCCUCAAGGCUUCACCUGGACAAGUAGUCAUGCUCCAUCCAGAGAAGUUUAGGUCUAAAUAUGAGCCAGCAUCUCAUUCACUAACAAUUAAAGAUUCCACAGCUGCUUCAGAAGUUCAAGAUUUCUUCAAGAAACACAUACUACCUUUGGUUGGACACAGAAAACAGAGCAACGAUGCAAAGAGAUACACCACACGACCUCUUGUGGUUGUUUAUUAUGGAGUGGACUUCAGUUUUGACUACAGAGUUGCCACACAGUUUUGGAGGAGCAAAGUGCUUGAAGUAGCAAAGGACUUCCCAGAGUACACAUUUGCCAUUGCGGAUGAGGAAGACUAUGCUGAUGAACUGAAGAGCCUUGGACUCAGUGAAAGCGGGGAGGAGGUGAAUGUUGGAAUUCUUGGUGAGGGAGGGAAGAAAUAUGCCAUGGAGCCAGAGGAAUUUGACUCCGAUGUGCUCCGGAGCUUUAUUAUGGCCUUCAAAAAAGGUAAGCUGAAACCUAUUGUAAAGUCUCAGCCUAUUCCCAAGAGCAACAAAGGACCAGUGAAGGUUGUGGUGGGCAAGACUUUUGAUGACAUUGUCAUGGAUGCAAAGAAAGAUGUCCUUAUCGAGUUCUAUGCACCAUGGUGUGGCCACUGUAAAAAGAUGGAGCCAGAUUACACGGCUCUUGGAAAGAAAUACAAAAAUGAGAAGAAUCUUGUCAUUGCCAAAAUGGAUGCCACUGCUAAUGAUGUGCCCCACGACAGUUAUAAAGUAGAGGGCUUCCCUACAAUCUACUUUGCUCCCAGCAACAGCAAGCAGAGCCCAGUCAAAUUUGAAGGCGGCAAAAGGGAUGUGGAGGAACUGACCAAAUUUGUGGAAAAACAUGCCACAAAAUUAUCACACAAAAAAGAUGAGCUCUAAGAGAUUUAUAGAAACCAUGAACAUUAUAUAAAUGCAGUUCCCUGAGAAUGGAAGUAUUCUGGGGGGCUUAGAGACCUUCCAAAAAGAGAAUGUUUUGAUUUGUUUUUGUACUUUUGUUUUUGGGAUCAAAACAUUCAGUAUUUUCAUUCCAAACCAAGCACUGUUUAUUAGGUUUAUUUCUCUCAAGUCUUUUAAAUAAAAUAAUGUAAAAAUGUAA